AUCUAGCUGACUAGCAAACCUUGAGUGGUUUGAUGUAACUCUGGUCAGUAUGAUCAGUGAUGGUCAUUUGGGAAACACUCUCCUGACCAGUGGCUUGUCAAAAAGUGGAAAAUAUAGAUUUAUUGGUAAAUUUUCAGGUAAAAUAUGUAGAAAGAAAGAUUUAGAUACCUCAGCCACAGACUUGGCCAGCCGACAAGAUGAAAGUGACGCAUCAAGAAAAAGACUAGUGGAACAAAGUCGAGAUUUCAAGAAGAACACACCAGAGGAUAUUCGCAAAGUUGUUGCCCCACUCCUGAAAAGCUUCCAAGGAGAAAUAGAUGCCUUGUCCAAGAGAAGUAAAGCAGCAGAGGCAGCCUUCUUGUCAGUCUACAAGAAACUAAUAGAUAUCCCAGAUCCAGUGCAAGUACUUGAGCAUGCCCUGUUACUGCAGAAGAGGGCACAUAAGGCCCAGGAUUUAGAGAUAGAAAACAAGCAGCUCAGGGAAACUUUGGAUGAGUACAACCAUGAGUUUGCAGAAGUAAAAAAUCAGGAGGUUACCAUCAAGCAGCUGAAAGAAAAGUUAAAAGAACACGAAGAGAAAGUUGAAAGUACAGCACAGGCUAGAGCAAAGGAGAAAGAACGUGAACUUCAGCGUUUGUUUGCAGAGAAGGAGCGCCAGCUCCAAGAAACCCAGAUGGAUGUAGCCAGAAAACUUGGAGAAGCUGAACAUAAAGUAUCCACCUUACAAAGUGCUCUGGACAACAGCCAGUCAGAAUUGUUUGAUCUCAAGUCCAAGUACGACGAAACUACUACAGCCAAAUCUGAUGAAACGGAAAUGGUCAUGGCAGAUCUAGAAAGAGCUAAUGAGAGAGCAGCAGCUGCUGAGCGUAUGACAGAGAAGCUUAAAAAGCAGUUGGACUCUGCCACCCAAAAUCUCCAGCAUGCAGAGCAGAUGCAGCAGGCACCUGACAUGGAGCAAGCCAUUGACAUAUUGAAGAGAUCCAGCUUGGAAGUUGAAUUGGCAGCCAAGGAAAAGGAGAUUUCCCAGUUGGUGGAAGAUGUGCAGAGACUGCAGAAUAAUUUGACCAAACUGAGAGAUUCAACCAGUACUCAGAUUGCUAAGCUUGAAGAAGAAUUGUCAGCAAAGAACAGAGCCUUCAAAACCUUGGAGGAGAAAAUGAAAUCUCAAGAGGAUUAUGAGGAGAUCAAGAGAGAAUUGGGAAUACUGAAAUCAAUUGAAUUUUCCAACAUGGGUGAGGAAAGUGCUGCCAGCAGUGGUGAGCAGGCAAAACCUAAGUCGUUAGAGAUGUUACUUCUGGAAAAAAACAGAGCUUUACAAACAGAAAACACUCAGAUGAAGAUGGCAGCCAAUGAUUUAACAGGAACCUCAACCCCACCCCUAUCCACAACUGAAGCUUUUGCAUCAAUCAUUGGGCAAGAAAUUGCUGCUUCUUAUUGCAAAGGAGGUUCUGAAUCCCAAGGCGAGACUGCAUCAGUUAAUCCAGAAUCCCCCGCGUCAUCUUCAGCAAGAAAUUCACCACCCGUGAAUGGUGAUAUUAAUGUAGAGAAUGGGCACGCUGCUAACGGACCCACAACAUCUCCUGGCUCUGCUCGCCCAAAUGGACCUAUUCCUCAAGAGUUACUACUCAAUGGUAUAGUCGGUUACAAGUUUAACUCAAGGCAGCAAAUUGACAUAAAUAAUAGCAGUUCUCUGGACACUGCUGAAGUUGCUUUGAGAAUCCGUGAGAUUUUGAGCAGUCAUAAUAUAGGCCAGAGACUAUUUGCCAAGCAUGUGUUAGGGCUGUCACAAGGAACUGUCAGUGAGCUGUUGUCAAAGCCCAAGCACUGGGAUAAGCUAACAGAGAAAGGAAGAGAGUCCUACCGCAAGAUGUCUGCAUGGGCAAGUGAUGAGAGGAACGUCUAUGCACUCAAAGCCAUAUCACCGAAGAAAGGUAAGAAUUGUGGCCAGCCACUUAUGUCCAGCUCCAAAGUGGAUGAUGCAGCAACUGAGGAAAAAAUCUCCAAGAUUUUAUCUGAAGCUCAACAAGCUAUGCAAAGUAAACAGGCAGCAGAGCAGUUCCCAUUUCAGGCUCAGAUUACCAAUGCCAUGGUGCAAAGUAUAUACCAGCAGGAGCUGGCACGCAUGGCCCAGGGGCAGGGCAGAGAGAGCCCUAAAUCUCCUCGCAGUAAAAGCAGGGAACAGAUGGAGAGAGAUAUGUCAAUCUCACAAGAGAUAGUCACCCGGAUUUAUCAGGAGGAACUUGCAAAACUGGCCUAUGCAGCUCAAAGGGCAGGUAAUAUAGCUGAGUGCACUAUGUAUCAGCAGGAACUCUCCAGGCUGGCCCAGAAUGCACAGAAGAGGCAGGGGGAGGGCAAUGGGGAUUCUCCUGAUAACCUGUCAAUCAAAGUGAAGGCCGAGCCUAUGGAAGAUGAUGGACAGGAGCAGGCACUGAAUAUGUCAAUGAAAGACCAAAGUGACAAUAGUCCAAAUUCUUCUUCUGAAGAAAACAUGCGCCAUGCAGGUAGUGCAUUUUUCCUUGUGCGACCAAGGUCAAAUUCCUAUGAUCCUGCAUCAUAUAAUACAGAUGCUAUGUCGCCAUUACAGAGGAUGCAAAGUAUUGCAAAUUCUUUGUCACUGAAUGCUCAAGCUCACAAUUUACCUCAGAAGCCACUGAGGCCUGUUUUACCACCAAUUACACAAGAAGAAUUCGAUAAAUACUCCAAUCUCAAUACUGACGAGCUAGUCAAAAAGGUAAAGGACUCCCUUAGUCAAUUUUCCAUUAGCCAAAGACUGUUUGGUGAGAAUGUCUUGGGGCUGUCCCAAGGGAGUGUGAGUGAUCUCCUGGCACGCCCAAAACCUUGGCACAUGCUGACACAGAAAGGACGGGAACCAUUCAUUCGCAUGCAGAUCUUCCUGAAAGACAAGGAAUCCAUUCCACGCUUGGUGGCUAACCAAUACAAGAUUGCUCCAGAGAAGCUGAUGAGAACUCAUGGCUCUUAUGGACCUUAUCCUCCAAAUGCGCCAGAGGCCUUUAGCCACACCACCAACAGUCAGCAACCACCACCAGCUCACACACCUCUCCCCCCUAGCAACCCCAUCAUCCCUUCCUCCAAAGUUCCUGAAGCACACCGUGCCUCUCUCACUUCAAGCCCCAUGGUCAAGUCUGGGCACCAGCCCUCAGUGUAUGAGAUUGCUGCUAUGACCACAGAACUGGACACCUUAGCUGUCACCAGUAAAAUCAAAGAGGUUCUCCUCUUUCAUAAUUUGGGUCAGAAAUUGUUUGGGGAGGCCAUCUUGGGGCUGUCUCAGGGGUCGGUGAGUGAGCUGUUGUCCAAGCCGAAGCCCUGGCAUAUGUUGAGUUUAAAGGGGAGAGAGCCAUUUAUAAAGAUGCAGAUGUGGUUGAAUGAUCCACAGGGUGUGGAGAGGCUUAGAAUCUAUCAGAAUGAAAUCAGAGCAAGCAGAAAGCGUAAGGGAAGCAAUGAGGCUGACCGCCAUUCAGAGGGCUCAACAGGCUCAACUGGCUGCAACACCAGUGGCAAGAAACCAAGAGUUUUCUUUUCUGAUGAACAGAAAGAAGCACUGAAAGUAGCCUAUGCCCAGGAUCCUUACCCAAACCAGAACACCAUUGAAUUCCUUGCACAGGAAUUGAAUGUGCACUCAAAGACUAUUAUCAAUUGGUUUCACAACCACCGCAUGCGUGCCAAGCAACAGAGGCCUCCAUCUCGUAACACACCACAGUUGUCUUAUCAGCAUGUGAAGACAGAGUUGACAGAUGAGGCUUCCAAUCUGAGUGAUGCGAGCAAUAACAGCAAUAGCCAAAUCCAGUACAACAACAACAGUAGUAGAGAGACCUCACAGUGGCUCUUCCCAGCAUUUGAACCUGUAGGAGCCUCUGACAAUUGCCGUACUCCCAAUUCUGAAGCAAAUUCUGAUGAUGUCGGGAGUGUUUCUGAACAGGGAGAUGUGGCCUUAGAGCAGGGUAAUAACAGACCCCGUCGAGAAGCCUCACCGAAUGAAAAUAGUCAAACUGCAAGGCCCUCUGUGAAUAAACGCAAGUCUUCUAACCCACAGAGAGCUUAUCAAGGAGUUCAGUUGGAUAAAACUGUAGACAAACAGGUAGAGAGUGACAAGGAUAAAGUUGUAGAGUUGGAUGCCACAGAUGAAUCUGAACAGAUGUCAAAUGAUAUCCAGGAAAGGAAUAACAAUAAGAAUAGUCUGCCUGGUGAAACAGAGGAAGAGAAAAUAAAAAGAUUGGAAAAGAUUCAGCUGAUUAAAAAGAAAAUAGAAUCCUCUGACUUGGACUGGGAAGAAGUGGAUAGAAAAGAAAGCAUUGAGAAACUGGAGAAAAAUCUGGAAAAAGACCCCCCACAGGAAGAAGAAUGGGAAUUCUAAGUGAUAAACUAUGUAUUUUUCAUGGUGCAAGUCAAAUAAAUUGAGAUUUAAAAAUCUAAAUGGUAGUGUUCAAAGAUUAUUCCAUUGGAUUCAUAUAAAUAUGUAUUCUGUGCUUAUUUUUAUUAUUGUAAACUCAAUAUUCUUCUUUACAUCAUAUGUUCAAAGUCAUAAUAGAGACUAUUUGCAAGAAUGUCUUUUAGAAUGUUACUAGAUGGUGACCUGUUCUAAAAUAUGAAUUUUUUAAAUUGCCAAAAAAGUGCAAAAUAUGAAGUGUUAAUGCCUCUUCCUUCCAAACAGCAAGGACACAGCUUUUAAUGCCAUGCUGGGGAGUGAAGUUUCACCCUCCGAUCACAGGACAAACUUGUAAAUUGUCUAUUUUUAAGAUGUGUUCAUUUUUUUUUCAUGAAAAAGAUCUGAAUAUCAACAGACCUCUAGUGAAUGUAAUGGCCUGUUACUUACUGUGCAAUGUAAAUGAAAAAGCAGACUAUGCCCACUUGUCAACGAUUAUAUUACAUCUAAUAUUUUUGUCCAACAAAACUAUUUUGUAAUUUUGUAUGAACAUUUACACAUUCUACGUCUGUACAUACUUUUUUCUUAUGAAAUGGUGAAAGGGUUAUUUGUAAAUAAUGACCUGCAAUACUUCAUUUAAGCAAAUAUUAUAUUAAGCAUACAUUUAUGUUGUGCUAUUGGCUCAUUAAGUCACUACUUCUUAUAGUAUAGGUGCUAAACUGUGUCAUGUAAUGUGAUGUCAGUAAGAUGUGAAGUGCAAAUUUGUAUGUGUUUUCAAAUUGUUAUCACAAUUAUUGUGAAGAAAGAUUGUAUUUGUGAGUUGACCAUUGAGGCAUUUUAAAUAGACAAAGAUUUGGAAGUGGAUCUGAUCUCAUUUAUGGAAACAGUGCUUUAUUAUUUUUUGAUGUGUGGUGGUGCCAGGGUAAAUAUUCCAGUACAGAAAGUUGCCAUCAUGUUGAAAGCAGUCUUUGAGAGUGUUCUUUGUAAUGAACAUGCAUAUCUUCACAAACCACAUUUUUUUCUAAUCAAAAAAAUUCAAAAUGCUUUAGCCUGCGGGUGUUAUUUUAAAAUAUAAUUUAUGGUGGAAAAAGUGAUUUUUCCUGAAUUUGGUGCCUCAGAAUUUCUUGGUUGCUACUUGCUGCUUUAUAAGAAACUGAAGGAAAACUGACAAGUUUUCCAUUGCUACACUAAUCAUUUUACCAGUGACACAACUCUUUCUGUAAUUGAAUUGGUGCAAACAUGAACAUUUUAGCCAAAGUUUACAAAUGACGAAUCUACCCACCUAAAGAUGAUUCUUUUAUUCCUGACGUCUUGCACACAUUUCAUUCCAGAUGCAGUGUCUUUUUAUCUUUGUUUCUUAGGCCGCAUUUAGAACAGCGGACUGACUAGUCCACGGGUCAAAUAUGGCCGACCCACUUGAAUGCUUCCCCAUGGGGAACCUAUACAGUGUCUAUUAGAAGAUUAGAUGUCAAACUUUUUUGUCGGUCGCCAUAUUUGGCCCACGGACUAGUUAGUCUGCUGUUCUGAAUGCAGCCUUAGUUUAUUUAAGCUUUUCUAGAUUAUGUGGUAGUAAUAUGAAUAAGUUACAUGUGCUAGACAUGCUGAAUGAAUAGUAAAAUUUAUGCCAAGAUAUGAGAAUUGUAUAUUCUAAUUUUUUAAAUAUCAAUAUGGAUUUAGAUAUCCAAAAUUAAUGGUGCAUGUUGUAUCUUUUGCAAUCCUUUUCUCAGUGUGUCACUAGUUCAUGUAAGUCACACAUCCUUGCUUUAUGUUCAGAUGCAAUAAUAGUUUUCCUAUGGCAUGGGUUUUGUGCUGUAAAAUAGGUUCAGUUUUGUUUUGUUUAAGUUAUAUAAGUCCGUGCUAUUUCAACAGACCUGAAGGUCACAAAAUACUAGUCAUUUUUGAUGUUGCAAUAUUUUAUUUUUCUUGCCCAAGUACUACGUGCAUUGUGGGACUUUUUUUAUCAUUUGUAUGCGAGUCAAAUGGAAGUGGAAUAAUACUAUAGUGCAAUUUAGUUAUACACAUAUGCAAGAGAUUCAUAACUUUACAUAAUUUAUAGUGAUAGACAACAAUAGUAGUAGGCCACUUGGACUAAUGUAAAUGUGACCAAAAUGCUUAGAUAAUAAAAUUAUUUGUACUAAUGAACUGGUUUUUGUCAUAUUCAUUAUCAGUUGUUGGGUGAUAAUUUUUAUAUAUUAUCCUUUUAAAAUAUUAAACUAUUUAAAUUUACUCAAACAUUUAAAGUAUGCAUUUGGGGAACAGUAAAUAGACA